GGCUUCCCCAAUGGCAUAUAUCGGCUUGGGCUGUCCAACUUCAGUUGCAAAGGCCUUUCCGUUUUAUAAAUUCACUAUCAUCGACUUUAGGCAAACAAACCAUGUAAGUCAAAAAGGACACGUCGUUUUAGACAUGCCUUUUUUUUUUGUCGGCUGCUCCUCUUGGUCAAGCCAGAGUCUUGGACUAGACAGAACGCCAUUGACCAAACUAUCAACGGCGGCGAAAUUGCAAAGAGAAUAAACCAACAAUGGCGUCGAAAGCACCAUCAAUAGACAUCCGAUUCAUGCACCUCUACUAUUUCAAUUCCCAAACCUGGCCUACUCAUUGGUCAAUGAACCCCCCAGGCCCCAGCUAUAUCCACAAAUGCAAUAGCUGAUCAAAACUGAUCUUUUUCAUGGCCAAACGUACAGAGGUUUCAUUUUGCUUCCUCAUGAGAAGCUUCCUGGCAAUGAAUGGAGAACAAAUUCCCCACCCAUCAGAUAAGACCAAAGAGACCACAGUCACCACACCUCAUUCAUUAUAUAUACAUACCUGUCACAAUUCAUGACCACCCAUAUUUUAUUUGCCUCCAGUUUUGAAUUCAAACAAGCCCUAGCCUUGAGAUAGCUUACUUAUAAAAUUUGUGAACACUCAGAACAGUUAAAAAUGGAGGGGGAGAGAGCAGAGAGUAAUGAGCGGAAGAGUAAGCAGCCCAUCAAGGUGAGAGAUCAGACCCGGUACAGAGGGAUUCGGAGACGGCCGUGGGGUAAGUAUGCGGCAGAGAUUCGAGACCCUUCGAAGAAUGGGGCACGUCUAUGGCUAGGUACGUUUCAGACAGCGGAAGAGGCAGCGAGGGCUUAUGAUCGAGCUGCUUUUGGCUUUCGGGGUCAUUUGGCCAUCCUCAACUUCCCGAAUGAGUACCAAUAUCACAAUCCAUCAACCAGCUCUUUCGUUACAUCAAAUUCUGUUUCUUCUUCAUCAUCAACAUCAUCUAAUUCAUUUUCUUCUGCUCCUGCUGAUGGUGGAAUGGAUUUUGGAAAUAAAGAAGGUCCAGUGAUAGAGUUUGAGUACCUGGACAAUAUGGUGUUGGAGGAGCUUCUGGAAGAGCAAAAGAAUUUCUUUGAUAGUUUGAUAGAUUCGGAUUGCUGAUGAGGAUGCCGGGGAGGCAAGGUUGUCGAUGGCGGCAGGGGUAGCAAGGAUCUCAACGAUGGCUGUGCAAUAGAUGAGUCUGCUAGGGUUUCUCCAAACUGGGUCUUUCUCGGUUCAUAGGUUAAUGGAUUGGGGUUUGGACCCAAAAGACAAUUGAUAAUUUUUUCUAUUUUUCAGCUGAAGGGGUUGAGGGUGGAUUUCCAUCCUCUCCUUCUAAUGUCUUUUAGUUUUUUCAGUCGCAAAACAUCUAGGAACUCUAAUGAACUAUUUAAUUUUUCUUUGGAA